CUUUGUGUUUCAUACAGAGCCCAGCUUUUAGCCCAGCCUUCUGAACCGCAGGGGGUGUGGCAUGCAUGACUACCAAACACAACGACCUGAUGACAGCUUACAAAAUAACUGGGAGAAGCUACUCACAGGCAUCUCAAUUUGAGUGACCCUGCAUGUGGAGGCUGCCUUCCUCUUGAUUUUGAAAAGGCUCCUGCUGCAGCUGCCCAGCCUCAGGAUGGGGAUGAUGCUGUUGCUACUUUCCAUGCUGGCAGGCCUUGUUGCAGAGGCUGAGGGACAAGCAUUCCAUUUUGGGAAGUGUCCGAACCCCCCGGUGCAGGAAAACUUUGACUUGAACAAGUAUCUUGGAAGAUGGUAUGAAAUUGAGAAGAUCCCCGUGAGCUUUGAGAAAGGAAACUGUAUCCAGGCCAACUACUCGCUAAAGGAAAAUGGAAGAGUCAAAGUGCUCAACCAGGAAUUGAGACCCGAUGGAACCGUGAAUCAAAUUGAAGGUGAAGCCACCCACAGCAACAUCACAGAGCCCGCCAAACUAGGAGUUAAGUUUUUCCAGCUGAUGCCAUCAGCACCAUACUGGGUCCUGGCCACCGACUAUGACAACUAUGCCCUCGUCUACUCCUGUACCAACAUCAUCUGGCUUUUCCAUGUCGAUCACAUUUGGAUCUUGGGAAGAAACCGUUACCUGCCCCAAGAAACAGUGACCUACCUAAAAGAUAUCCUGACUUCCAACAACAUCGACAUCGAGAAAAUGACCCUCACGGAUCAGGCAAACUGCCCCGACUUCCUGUAAGGGGGCUCCGGAGCAUGGCUGCCACCGCCCCAUCACUUCCUCCGCUUUGCUUAUCCCCUCCACCCGCACCUCACAAAGACACAGAACGACCCAUGGCGACAGCUGCAAACACAGGCAGGGAAGUUCACGGAAGCCACUGGAGGAGAACUCCAGGAAGCUGCCGGGACGCUUAUCUCUGCCCACCCUGCCACCUCGCCAUCAAUAAUAAACAUGUUGCUGACCCUCUGA